AUGAACGACGAUGAAGUCACGCUUGAGCUAGACUUUGAUCACGAUGCCCUAGCCAAGACGCCCAAGUGCACACCUUUGUGGGACGAUGAUGGCGUUGCUGCUUUGUUUCGGUUGCGGUACAAGUUUCAGCUGUCUGCGCGGUUUUACUCGAAGAACAACGCCAACAAGAAGACUGCUUACGUGAUGCUGGCUGCCGAGCUAAGCGUGGCCACGGAGAAGGAAUACUCUGUCGCUCAAGUGCAAGACAAGUCGCAAGAAAAAAAAACCAACCCAUCCAAGUCAAAGAGCCACAGCGAGGCGUUGGAGGCCGUAUUUAUGGUCAUUAAGGAUGGUUUGAUUCAUUUGGGGUCAUCACUCUCAGCGGCGCCAAAUCCACAGCCCACCCCGCCAACAGGGGCAACAUUGGACGAUGUAUUGCAAGCCAUUCAGUCUCAGACGAUUGCUCAACUCGUUGCGCAUUUAAACGCACAAAAGGAAAAGUAA